CUCUUCACCAUCGUUGUACAACUCAAAUCUGGACUGAGAAUUAUUAUUUUUUUAACUUCUUCCUACUCCUCAAAUAUAUAUACUUUUUUUCCCGUUUGUUUUCUUCCAUCUUUGUCGAUCUUAUUUUGAUUAGUUUUUGUAUAUGUUAAAUCAAGCUUGGAUUCAAAGCAUAGCGCUGUUUUUCUUCAGCUGGAACUGGGGUCUCAGACAAAGCGGAAGGGAUUAUGAAAAGUUCAAAAUCGUCGGUAAUGGCGCCAAUGCCUCUGCUUUGGAGAAGGAGAUCGGACCGGAACAGUUUCCCGUAAAUGAGCACUACUUCGGAUUGGUGAACGUGGGUAUCUUCGGUGGCUUCGUCUCCGCUUUCGAGUCUCAAAUUUGUCAUUUCGGACUUCUGUUUGUUCCUCAGUUUGGCAACACCUGCUACUGUAACUCGGUGCUGCAGGCUCUCUACUUCUGUCGUCCGUUCAGGGAGAAGGUGCUGGCCUACAAGGUGCAGCCCCGACGCAAGGAGUCUCUCCUCACUUGCCUGGCUGACUUGUUCAACAGCAUUGCAACGCAGAAGAAGAAAGUGGGCGUCAUCCCUCCCAAGAAGUUCAUCUCGCGGCUGAGAAAAGAAAAUGAGCUGUUUGACAACUACAUGCAGCAAGACGCCCACGAGUUCCUCAACUACCUCCUCAACACCAUCGCGGACCUGCUCCAGGAGGAGAAGAGCCAGGAGCGGCAGCAGAACGGAAAGCUGCUUCAGAACGGAGGAGGAGGAGAGCUAGUAGGCGGAGGCGGAGCGGGCGAAGGCGGGAAGGAGACGCAGCGGACGUGGGUCCACGAGAUCUUCCAAGGAACGCUGACCAACGAGACGCGCUGCCUCAACUGCGAAGCCGUAAGCAGCAAAGACGAGGACUUCCUGGAUUUGUCGGUGGACGUGGAGCAGAACACGUCCAUCACGCACUGCCUCAGGGACUUCAGCAACACGGAGACUCUGUGCAGCGAGUACAAGUACUACUGCGAGCAGUGCCGCAGCAAACAGGAAGCCCAGAAAAGGAUGCGGGUCAAGAAGCUGCCCAUGAUCCUGGCGCUGCACCUGAAGCGCUUCAAGUACAUGGACCAGCUGCACCGCUACACCAAACUGUCGUACCGCGUGGUCUUCCCCCUGGAGCUGCGCCUCUUCAACACGUCGGGAGACGCCACCAACCCGGACCGCAUGUACGACCUGGUGGCCGUGGUGGUGCACUGUGGCAGCGGGCCCAACCGAGGCCACUACAUCACCAUCGUCAAAAGCCACGGCUUCUGGCUCCUCUUCGACGACGACAUCGUCGAGAAAAUUGACGCGCAGGCCAUCGAGGAGUUCUACGGCCUGACGUCAGACAUUUCCAAAAACUCCGAGUCGGGGUACAUCCUCUUCUACCAGUCCAGAGACUGAAGGCGGCCUGACGUUCGGAUUCACGCGACGCCGGGGGCGUGAGGGCCGAGCGUCCGGGCCUUUUUUUUUUUUUUUUUUUUUUUAUUCCCCGGAUCGCCGCCCCGGAUCGGACGAGACGUCCCGGCGGCCUCGGGGAAGACCGACGCGAGCCACGCCCUCCGCUGUGAGGCGGGCUCUGCAACUGACGGGACUCUUUUUGCACACGCAUAUCAAACGAUGUGAAAUCCGCUCGGACUCCCACGUGACUCCAAACAGGUCCCGAAUGAACUUCGCGGCGUCUCAUACUGCCGCCGAAGGGCUUUUGGCACACCGGCGGUCGCUCUGAAUGUUCCUCUGCCGACCAACAGACUCUGGCAACACGUACCGACGGGUCCGAGCAGAGAGCGGCCGCGGCAGUCGCGCUUUCUCUUCCUUCCACGACGGCUGUAAUCGCGGUCGGUCAUUCGCAAAUUCACCUUUUUCCAAUUUGGAAGGCUUCGCAGCGGACCAAAGCUAGCCACACACUUGCGUCGUUUGCGUGAAGACUCAAAGUGCGCAAAUUCCAUCUAGUCAAAUGACAUUGUUUUUAUUUAAAUAUUCAGAUCAUCGUGAAUGUUUCACGCAUUUUGCUUGGACGUCACACACUUCACUAAUGCCCCUUGUCUACCAUUGUUGUGUAGACACCUCUGGAUAUGUGAGACUUUGAGAGUGCGGAUGUGUACAUAUAUACAGAUGUUAUUAUUGGAAGAGAAAAUAAAUGCUUGCUUGAAAUAA